AAGUAAGAGAAAGAAAGGAAAAAAGCGGCAGGAAAAGAAGAAAUUUCCCAAAAGAAUACGAUCCAUUAUCAUCAUUAUUAGUGCAUGAUUCAACCCUUUUCUGCUUUUUCUCCUAUUCGCUGAAACCCCAUUUGUCCGUUCUCAAGAUCCCUGAUUCCAAUAUAUAUAACAACUCCCCCACGAUCCAGCCUCUCUGUUCUCACUUCUCAUCCAUCCUACUCUUUUUUCUUUUUUUAUUUUUAUCUCUGCUUGAUUUUCCACUAACACAAUCAUUUCCACUGCACUCAUUCAUUUCCCUCUGUUUCUCCUUCUUCUUCCUAGUAACCCCUCUGAUUGUAGUACGUAAAAAGAGAGGGUUGAUUUUUCCACUUUUUUCAGUCCCAUCCAUCACAUCCAUUCUUUCCUCUCUCCUUUUCCCUUUUAUCCUGUUGGAUUGAGUCGUAGCUCUCAGUUUUCAUGGAUCUGGUUUAGUUUUGGCCUUUUUCUCUUUUUUGGUACCAGUAUCGUUUUAUCGAGCUCAAAAAAUGGACGCUGAGAAACCCAGUUCCAAAGGGCAAGCAUGGUUUUGUACAACAGGUUUGCCAAGCGAUAUUGUAAUCGAAGUAGACGACAUGACUUUCCAUCUUCACAAGUUUCCUCUUAUGUCAAAAAGCCUAAAGCUUCACAAGCUAAUAACAGAGCAAGAGAAAAUUCCAAAAACAACCUCCUCCUGCUUCUCCUCCGCUAAAUUCCAAAAACCCUCUGAAUCAGAGAAGGACGAUGCUGAUGAUAAUAAUACUAGUACCAAGAACAAAGAUGACCAAGGAGAGAUUAUCGCAGAGGAAGAACUAGUCGAUGACGAAGAUGAGGCAGAGUACUGUCACAUCACACUCCCUGAUUUUCCGGGAGGUUCGGAGGCUCUCGAGACCGCCGCUAAAUUCUGUUAUGGCGUCAAGAUCGAGCUGUCGCCGUCAAACGUGGCUGCUCUCCGCUGUGCUGGAGAUUUUCUCCAAAUGACUGAAGAGUACUCCGAGGACAACCUCAUUUCCAAAACUGAGAGGUACCUCUCCCAAACUGUCCUCAGAAACAUCAAAGACUCCAUUCAAACGCUCCACUCUUGCCAGAAGCUCCUGCCUCUGGCCGAGAAUCUCGGCAUCGUUCAGCGAUGCCUUGAAGCAAUUGCCAGUAAAGCUUCCUCCGCAGAUCCAUCCCUCUUCGGUUGGCCGGUGAGCGAAGGAAUUGCCGAAAGAGCUGGUAAUAAUGCUCGUCGGAAACUCACAGGUGCAGCUGCUGCCAGAGGCGGUGGCGCAGCUGUCGCCGGAGCGGAAGUUUGGUUUGAAGAACUGACAUUAUUAAGUUUAGAAUUUUUCAAGCGGUUGCUUUCUGCGGUGAGAGAAGGCGAUGCAAGUGCUGAAAUUAUUGAGAACUGUCUUAUGUAUUACGCCAAGAAGUACAUUCCAGGAAUUUCGCGAGCAAAUCGGAAACCUUCGUCUUCAAUCUCAUCAUCCUCUUCAGUUCCUUCCGAAAAUGAGCAGAGAGAGCUUCUGGAGACUGUAAUAUCUAACCUUCCCACGGAAAAGAGCUCGAGCUCCUCUACUACCACGAGAUUUCUCUUCGGCUUAUUACGAACAGCUAAUAUACUGAAUUGCUCGGAUGCUUGUCGUGCUACAUUGGAGAAGAAAAUUGGAUCGCAACUGGAACAAGCAACGCUAGAUGAUCUACUGAUUCCGAGUUAUUCGUAUUUGAUCGAAACGCUCUACGAUGUGGAUUGUGUGGAAAGGAUUUUAGGAUACUUCCUUCGAGGAUUGGAGGAGAGAUCCGCGAGUAGAAUCGAAGGCGAAGGGGUGAACAGCAGCGUAAGAUCAGCUGCACUAAUGUUGGUCGGAAAAUUAAUUGACGGUUACUUAUCGGAAAUUGCAUCCGAUGCUAAUUUAAAGUCGGAUAGGUUUUACCAGCUCGCCAUUUCUUUGCCUGACCACGCCAGACUGUUCGACGACGGCCUUUAUAGAGCCGUUGAUGUUUAUCUCAAGGCUCAUCCGUGGUUGUCUGAACAAGAGAGAGAGAAAAUUUGUGGUAUUUUAGAUUGCCAGAAGUUGACAUUAGAAGCGUGCACCCACGCGGCACAGAACGAGCGGCUGCCGCUGAGGGCGGUGGUUCAAGUGCUAUUUUUUGAGCAACUGCAGCUCCGGCAUGCGAUUGCGGGGACGCUGCUGGCGGCGGAUGUGCCUCCUGCACUGGAGACGGGGAGGCAGUUGGAGCCUGGGGAGGAGGAUGAGGAGGUGGUUGGGACAGGGUUGGCACGGGGGGGGGAGGGAGAGGGGAACGGGAACACCAGCACGUGGAGGGCGGCGGUGAGGGAGAAUCAGGUGCUGCGGCUGGACAUGGAUAGUAUGAGGACUAGGGUGCAUGAAUUGGAGCGUGAAUGCUCUACCAUGAAGAAGGCUAUUGAGACGAUUGAUGAGGUUGGUCCUCGUCGCGAGAGAGGUGGUGGUGGCUGGAGGAGCAAGUUUGGGUGCAAAUUCAAGACUCAGGUCUGUGAUUCACACGAAUCGGCCGCCGUAGUGGAGGCAAGAAAAGGGCGGAGCCACCGUCAUAGUAGUCCAAAAUAACAUGUGGACUACUUUUUUUUUUUUCCCCUUUUUUGCUCACCUAUUUCUAUUCUUCUGUUUUUAUUUAUUCGCUAUCAGUAAUGUAAUUAAUGGUAAUAUUUGUUUAUUUUCUCAUUGUGUAUGAUGAAGUUGCUUGUAGAUUACAGACACAAAUUUCUUUUCCUUUUUCGUUUUGGGAAUAUUUCGGUCUAAAAAUGGUUUAGAUUGAAUAAGUUAUUGACACGCGGCCUCGGUGCAUCUGAAAAGGGCCUGAAUAAAAGGUGUGGUUUUACGGGCUUUAGCGGGGUACGAUUUUCUCAGGAAAGAAAAGAGUUUUGGGUGUUUGUUUAUUUACAAACGGUGAAUUCCUUUUAGAUGAUGAUGAUGACGAGGGGGAGAAAUGAUUACAGCAAAGUGACAAAGCAGAAGCAUUAGUGGAAGUCUGUUCCUUAGCUGAUACACUUUCAGAACAAUCUGCAUGGAUGGGUUCUCCACGUCGUUUAGAUGGCAAGUUCUUUUCUUGUAGCUGUCUGCACUGCGUAUGCCAUGUUGUUCCGGAAACUUGAGAAGUGGUCACCACAAUGUACCAUUUUAUGCUUUAGCACUUGCUGGAUUCUGGCUGUAAAGAAUCUAAAGAUUGAAGCCCCCCCCCAAAAAUUACAAGCAAA